CUCCCGGGUCUCGUGGCACCUAUCUUGGCACCUAUGUUGUCAUUGAUCUGAGGAAACACUACGUCCAUUUAAUGGGUACCGCGAGUGAGGUAAGAAUGAUAACUGUCAAGAUACGAUGUACGUCAGUUAUUCAAAGCUUGUCGGAGAGGUUUUUCUGGGAAAAAGUUCCAUGGAGAAUACUUAGGGACUCCCGACAAAUGAUAUGGUUGGCGGAUGACUCACGCAACGUUUUGGCCAACAGUUCCCGCUCUGGAUUGAACACUGCCGGGCUAUGGGAAUACCUUUCUCGCUCCUAUAAAUUCACCUGGUAAAGUUAUGGUGGUGUCCAUUUUAGCCUCCUUUCCUUUCCUCUCUUGUUGGACACUCCCUCAGCGGAUCUGGACGAGGAGACGAAAAAAUGUCAGAAAAAGGGGCUUCCGUUUCUCAGGACGUCGAACUUGGCUUGCCUCUACCAGACCCUGAUACCAUUCGAGACGAUCAGACUCUGCAUGAAAAAAUAUCUCAGGACAUUCCUGAUAAAUAUGCCAAAUAUGCCGGCGAGGCCCCUGAUGGCGGGCUCAAAGCCUGGUCGGUUAUCGUGGCGGCGGUGCUGACGACGUUUUGCACCUUUGGGUAUGUCAAUACAUGGGGCAUCUUUCAAGAUUAUUACGAGCGGGUUCUUCUACCCGACCAAAGUCCAUCUGCUAUAGCAUGGAUAGGAUCAGUACAGGCAGGUCCCGUUUCAGCUCUUUCGAUAUCGUCAACGCUCACGUCCCUUAUAUUGUUGUGGCGACUGCAGUACACGCUCAUCUUUCUUCCGGGGCUCGUGACGGGGCGACUGUUCGACUUGGGACAUUUCAAGAUUCCUUAUUUCAUCGCCAGUUGCGGGCUUAUAGUGUGCACGUUCCUCACUGCAGAGUGCAAGCAAUACUGGCAAUUUUUCCUUGCACAGGGCCUCUUCACGGGUUUAUUCAGCGGGAUCGCCUUCUCGCCAGCCGUUACCGUCGUAUCUCAUUGGUUUUCCAAGAAAAAGGGGUUGGCCCUUGGCAUUACGGCUACUGGCUCGUCACUUGGGGGAACAUUAUUCCCCAUCGUAGGCCAAAACCUUAUACCCCUUGUAGGGUUCAAGUGGACCGUUCGUGUGUUCGGAUUUAUGACGCUCGUCGCCCUCGGGAUCGCCAAUUUUGUCAUAGAUAGACGACUGCCCCCUAUGAACGUCCAGGGUGGACUCUUCAACUUGUCCGCGUUUCGAAACAUAGCAUACACUAUCUAUUGCAUUUCUGGAAUCCUUUGUUUCCUCGGACUCUACACUGCAUUGACUUAUUUACCUGCCAGUGCUACGACGGCGGGCGUGUCGAGUAACUUUGCAUUCUACCUGGUCGCGAUCGCGAACGCAGCAUCCGGGUUCGGCCGCUUGUCUGCUGGCUGGCUCGCCGAUCGCAUUGGUCCUCUCAACGUCAUGAUACCAUUUACAGGCCUGGCCGGUAUUCUCACCUUUGCUUGGCCAUACGCUUCGAGCCAAGGGGUACUGAUUGCCAUUUCGGUGAUCUAUGGCUUCGCUUCUGGGACAUAUGUCUCUCUCCUUCUCGCUCCCCCUAUGGCGAUGGGCGACGUGGGUGACGUGGGGCGACGCGUGGGGAUGUUUUUGACUAUUGCGGCGCUUGGUACGUUGGUGGGCACGCCGAUAUCUGGUGCGAUCAAUGCACGGACCGGCGAUUUCAAAGAUUCAGGGUUCUACGCUGGUGGUGCUGUCAUGUGUUCAGUCUUGCUGCUCCUUGUAGUACGAUAUCUUCAACUCGGACGGCUAUACGGGAAGUGUUAGUGUCUUACGGGUACCGCAAGCACCCACGUCGUGCUGUGGAUGACUGGAUACGAUGGUACGCAUGGCCGGCGCUCAGCAUGCUUCGUCGUGCGGACGCAGAUUUCUUGGGGUGGAGGAAGAAUGAAUACCUUUAUGUCGGUGUGGCCUGACAUAACGUAAUGUCACAUAAGGGAAC